AUGAGGGACGCAAACCUACACCGCGCCCGGCUGGUGUCCAGCGUGUCCGCUGUCAUGAUCUCGCUGGCAUGCGGCACCAACUACGGCUACUCGGCCUGGGCGCCGCAAUUCGCUGACAAACUGCACCUUACCACCACCCAGAUCAACCUCAUCGGUUUGGCUGGCAACAUGGGCAUGUACGCCCUGGGUGUCCCCGUCGGUCUGUUCGUCGACCACCGCGGUCCGCGCCCUGCCGUUCUCGCCGGUGCCUUGUGCCUCGGCGUUGGCUACGUCCCCUUCCGCGCCGCCUGGGAGACGGCAUCAGGCUCCGUGCCGGCUCUGUGCUUCUUCGCCUUCCUGACCGGCUUGGGUGGCUGCAUGGCCUUCGCUGCCGCUGUCAAGACGUCCGCCCUGAACUGGCCGCACCACCGGGGCACCGCGACCGCUUUCCCCUUGGCCGCCUUCGGCCUCAGUGCCUUCUUCUUCUCCCUCUGCGGUGGCAUAUUCUUCCCUGGCGAUACGAGCGCGUUCCUCACACUUCUGGCUGCGGGCACCUUCGCUCUUAUUUUCACUGGUUUCUUCUUCCUCAAGGUUUACCCGCACACCUCUUACCAGAGCCUCCCGAGCACAUCCGGGUUGUCCGACUCGCAGCAGCUGCACCGCACAGUCUCCGAAGAGGCCAAAGCCGCACGUCGUCAACAUGGCAGACGACGCUCUAUCGACGCAGACCCUGGUAUGUCGCCCACCACCUACACGACUCCCGUCGCUACGGCCGGACCCUCCUCCGAAUCCCCCGCCGCCGCGGGCGGCCCAGUUGAUGUCGAGGCGGCCUUGCCGCAACCCCCGGACGGCCGGUCUCACGAGGCUGAUGCGGAUGAGACGUCCUCCCUCAUGUCCAAAUCGUCGGUGUCGUCGGUGGCCGGCGAGGUCCUUGUCCAGAACAGUGUUGAUUUAGAUCGCUCCCGUCGUGUAGAUAUCCGUGGCUGGCGCCUUAUGCGCAGCGUCGACUUCUGGCAGCUGUUUACCAUCAUGGGCAUUUUGGCGGGCAUUGGUUUGAUGACCAUCAACAACAUUGGCCAAGACGUCAAGGCGCUCUGGAAGCUCUACGACGACUCGGUCGACGAGGCAUUCCUUGUCCAUCGGCAGCAGAUGCACGUCUCCAUACUGUCGGUCGGCAGCUUCUGUGGUAGACUGCUGAGCGGUGUUGGCUCCGAUUUUCUCGUCAAGUCUAUGCACGCCAACCGCGCAUGGUGUCUCGUCGUUGCCUGCUUCGUCUUUUGCAUCGCCCAGGUCUGCGCCAUCAACAUCUCGAACCCGAACUUCCUCGCCUUCGUCUCAGGCCUCUCGGGUUUAGGCUACGGUUUCCUAUUUGGCGUUUUCCCCUCUAUCGUCGCCGAGUCAUUCGGCAUUCACGGCUUGAGCCAGAACUGGGGUUUUAUGACGCUGGCUCCCGCCAUCUCCGGUAAUAUCUUCAACCUGUUCUACGGCGUGGUCUUCGACAGUCACACCGUGAUCGGACCCGACGGCGAGCGAUAUUGUCCCAUCGGAGUGGACUGCUACAAGAAUGCGUACUUUGUCACCCUAAUCGCCUGCGGGUUUGGCAUUGUUGUGACGCUUAUGACCAUUCGGCGCCAGUAUGAAGAGCGGAUGAAGGAGGAAGGCAAGGGGGCUGCUGAGGAUUAG